CAGUGGGACAGAGGCAGAGACGCACACUUGACAGUAGCACUGCACACCAUGGGUCAUCUAUGGGUACAAGGAAUCUUCAUUGCGGUUCUCCUUUCAGGGGAAUGCCAUGCCAGUUCGGAAGGCUCCUGGUGCUACAUUGACGAAGCGUGUGGACCGACUACAUGGGAGUCCCUUGGUCAUUGUGAUGGUGACCGACAGUCUCCCAUUGACAUCAUCUCCUCCAAAGCCAUCAGUAACUCCACCUUGGGCCCUGUGACCCUUUCUAAGAGCUACGAAGACCCCAAAAAGCUGCUGGAAAUGAAGAACACUGGAAAAACAGUCGAUGUGGAACUGGGAGAGGGCCUCUUCCUCAGCGGGCCUGGCCUUCCAGGUGCAUACAUGGCCAAAUCCUUCCAUUUCCACUGGGGAGAUGGUGUCUCCAAACCAGGAUCUGAGCACUAUAUUGAUGGCAGACAGUACUCUAUGGAGUUGCACAUCGUGCAUACCAGAAACAACAUGAGUGUCUCGGAUGCCUUGGACGAUCCACAAGGAAUUGCUGUGCUGGGUUUUUUUGUCCAGGGCUCUGAGACGGCCAAAGGCAAGACAGCUAAAGCAUGGGAAUCCCUUUCAAAGAAUCUACAAGACGUCAAAGAAAAAGGUGAAGACAAGAACCUGCACAGCACUGUCUCCCUCCAGGACUUACUGGGUCCCACAAAUCUUGGCCGCUAUUUCCGCUACAGUGGAUCUCUCACCACACCUGGCUGCGAUGAGGUUGUGAUUUGGACUGUCUUUGCUGAUCCAAUUCUGGUGCCAUCCAAAGUGGUGGCAUUUUUCCCAUUCAGUCUCCGUUCUACAGAUUCUUCUGAGGGGCCUCACCUAAAGAACAACUUCCGCCCCCUACAGAAGAUCAGUGAUAGAAAGGUGGAAACAUCCGCCUUUUUGACGCACCGUUCAGCUGCUUCCCGAGCCUCACAGCCUGUAGCGUUCAUCUUGCUCUUCCUUUGUAUCAGUGCUUUUGGGUUCUUCCCUGUAUAAAGGCUGUGGGUAAUCGGAACCACAUGGAGGAGGAGUUGGCACGAUCUCGUGAGAGGAUAAAACUAGGUCACAACUCUUCCUAUCCCCCCUCCCCAGAAACUCCAGUCUUCUUCCAUCUACCUCUCCAUCAGUUUCCCAGUAGCAAAAAUCACUGGCAAUCAACACUAAAAGGGUGGGAGGUUUAUAUUAUAGGGAGAAACAGGAGUGCAGUGAAGACAGUAAUAGGAGGCAGUGUUUCUUGGUAUUUAUCCACAGGUCUGGGCAGGUAGCCUGCUUUCAGCUACUUAUAGCUACAGCUGAGCUGAGAGAUUUCUCAUAAAAUUCAGAAAUAGACGGGUUUUUAACACCCGAAAUUUAAGAGCAUUUAAAAGGUUAAUGCUUGAGUUUCCAAGUCAACUUUCAGGGUGGAACACAAAAAACCAGUCGUCCUAAUGCGAGCGUUGACAAAUCUGCGUUAAUAAUUAACUCAGCAAAACCUAAAAUCCACACAAAAACAGAUUUGGUUUGGAUUUUGAGAUUUAUGUUUUUGGACACAGAAAUUCAAACUAAUGAUGUAAAAAACAUACUUUUGACUCUAAUUGUAGCAGGAUGACAGAAAAGCUGUGGAUCUUAAAGCUGGUUCACACAUACAUGGACAUCAAAUUAUGACAACCUGGGCAGCUCAUUCAAACUUGCAUUUACACCACAUCAAAGUUUUAUAUAUCCCAGAUGUUACCUCAAAGGCAAUAACGUCACAAUGGAGUCAGUUCACACCUUCGGUGCCAUUUCAGCAUCAAAGGUUGCAUGGUGUUCAUGUCUGCUUGAAACACUCCCUUAUUCUUUUCCCAUCAUGCCACAGGCCACAA